AUGGAUGUUACUCUUCACGAUCUCGCUCUCUACUUCACUGCGGCCACCGGAGCUAUGCCACCUGACGGCUCUGGAAUGUAUCUCGUCUCCGAGGAAGACGGAGACUUGAUCGAAAAACUGUGGACGGGACAUGAAGUCCGCGAGCAGGUCUUUAUCGCUGCGGAUGUCAAGGAGUCUACUCCUGCUGUCUAUCUGCUUGACGAGGAUAGUCGACGGAUCUUCUGCCUUGACGCAGAGCAUAACCUUCAAUGCUACGAGUACGACGCAGAUGAAGAAGAAUGGAAUUUCGUCCUGCUUCGGGAUGGCGAAUCUAUUCCUGUUCACCCGAAGAGUCGGUUGAGUGGUUGUUUGCUGGAAGACACCCAGAUUGUCGUCUUCCAGGAUCCAUCAGGCCGGCUUCGAGGAAUGCGAGUUCAACCCGGUGGAGAGGUUGAGUCCCUCACCCCAACUUCCAUCUCCUCUUCGUCGGCUAUUCCCCACACGGCGUUUGUCGGAGAUGAUGAGAGUCUCCACCUGCUUUACAUUGAUUCGAAUAAUCAGGUCCAUCAUCUCACAUUGUCUGGCAACCAAUGGAAAGAUACAAUCAUCCCAGGCGCAGGAUUUGUCAACGACAAAAUCAUCAAACUCAUGGUAACCGGAAACGAUGAAAACGCUCUCAAUAUCCUUGCCCUCUCCUCGACCGGACAAGUCCUUUGGAUCAACCCAGAGGGCCAGAAGGCAGUUCUUGGCAAGGUUGAACGAGAGAGAUUUGUGGCUGCCUCGAGCGAAGAAUGUGCGGUUCAGUUUCUUGUCACGAUGUCCAAGAUGUUUGGGAAGGCGAUUAAGAAGAGGAAGGAGGGCAAGGAUAAGAUGAGGAAAUAG